UUCUGGUGAAGUCUCGCGUGGUUUCGAAGUAAGAGCGUGACCAAACAUGGCAGCUGACGAUUGUCUUGGGUCCGCUGAUAAACGUCAGAGACCCGAAAAGGCCGAUUCCGAAGAGCAGCCAGCACCCGUAACGGUUCCUGCUUCGAGUUCGGAUUACAACGGAAACGCCGACGCGACCACGGCGACUGCGGUGGCGGCGGCGGCGGCAGCGGAAGCGGAGGCGACGACGACCCACAACAGCAACAACAAUUAUUUUCACAAUAGCCCUGAGGAAGAUUCAAACCCGUCUCCUGAGGAACGGAACAAUUCGAAACCGACGACAACAGCAACAGCAGCAAGACAUACGUUAUCAACUGGUGGUGGUGGUGGCGGCGGCGGCGAUGAUGAUGAUGAUGAAGAAGGUGUCGGUGGCGACAGCGUUGGAGAAAUCAAUACCACUUUGAGAAGACGAGCUGUCCGUGGAGGAGGAGGUGGCGGCGGCGGCGAUGACGAAGAUGUUGUUAACAGUAAUACCAAUACUACCACUACCACUACUGCUACUACUACUACCAGUACUAGUGUUACUAAUGGUAGCGGUACAGUUGGUUUUAAUGCUCACAGCAGUGGUUCUGUGAAUGGUUCCGGUAACAAUACGGGAACACCAGCAGAAGCAGCUUCACCAUCACAACAACAACAACCACUACUACCACCGCCACCACCACCACCACCAUCAUCAUCAUCGUCGUCAUCUUCUUCACGUCUUUGUAUCACGUCUUCUACAACUAUCACCACCUCCUCCACCACCACCACCACAACCAGCAACAACUGCAACAACACCAGUUUGAAGACUUACAGUAGUAGUAGUACCAACAGCAUCAACAACCCCGCGGCUUCGGUACCGACCACAAUGAACGCCCGCGAAUACGCACAAGCGGUCCGGACAUGGUUGUGGCAGUACCAUCAAUGGAACAGCAUGUGUGCAUUCAGCAUGAUGCUGCCCUAUUAUGCAAUGGCCACGUUUCCUUACUAUGCAGCUAACAACUACCCCGGGUUCCCGCCCCGGACCAAUUCCGCUUCUUCUGCCUCCGCCACGCCCUCGUCCUCUGCUUAUCCCUUGGCCAACGCCAACCCCGCCGCCUCGGGCAGCGGAGCCAGCGGCGGCGGCAACAAUAAUAACAACCUCCAAGGAGCUGCCGCCGCCGGUGGUGGUGGGGGUGGUGCUGCGGCCCGAGGGAUGAACGGGAGAAAUGCUGGCCAGGGUGGACCCCAUCAAACACCACAACCGGCUGCAGCAAGACCAGCUGAGCAACCUUUGCGAGCUACUGAAUACAUCAUUCCAUCUCUGUGGAAACGGAUAUUAGCAGAACUCGUUGAUUUCGUACUUUUGUUUUACAUCAAACUAAUAGUGUCCGUAAUGGUCAUGAAACAAAUGGGCUACAUAGACUUAGAUAAAUAUGACCUGGAAUAUAACUGGUAUGUGGCAAUGGAUGACUUUGAUAUCAGCAAAAUGUUUCAUUUUACAUCUGAAAUGAUCUUGUUUGAAUUACUAAACAGAAUCUCUAUAACAAUUGUCGAGACAAUGUGUUUACAACGAGGAAUCGGUGUUGUUGGUGGUUCCACUCCAGGCAAAAGACUUUUAGGUAUGAAAGUUGUGUCGUGUACAGAAAUCUCUGACCUUGGUAAUGGACGAAUACGCGUGACCCCGGCCCAAGAUAUCGGACUCAACAGUGCACUACUGCGAUCAGUGUUGAAAAACUUCACCAUAGCUUUCUUCUUCCCAGCUUGUCUCACAGUCUUCUUCUUCGACCAUAACCGUGCUGCGUACGACGUCCUCGCUGGCAGUAUCGUCGUGCAACCCAUCGACGAAGCUGGAGAAGUCUGAGACCUUCUCUCCCCCUCAACUUUCGCCUUCGUUCAACUGUUUUGUCGUUUAGUGAUGUUGUUGUUCUUGUUGUUUGGAGAGCAUUUUUCUGAACUUUUUCCUUCU